AUGGGCACCAUACAAAAUAAAAGCUAUCUAGACAUAUUAAGAUAUUAUAGUAAAGAUGAAGUAAGAAAAAGAGACAAUGAUAGGGGUUUUGAAAAUGAAGGGAAUAAAGAGAAUAAUAAAUUAGUUACAUCAUAUAAUAAUUCAAAUAAUAACAUACUAAAAGUAAAUGAAAAUGAGUUUUUUUCACUUCUUUUGAAAGAUGAAGUUAAACAAAAGCAAAAAAAUUUUUCAGACAUGCAAUAUAAUAAAAAUAUAAAUAAUAAUGAAAACAAUUUAUAUGGAAUAUAUGCUAACCAAUUUGAUGGUUGUAAAUUAGCAGAUAAACUAAAACAAAAAUAUACAAAAAAAAAAAAAUAUAUAAAAAAAGAACAUUCAUUUAUUAAUAAGAAGUAUAUAAAAUUAGAAGAUUAUUUUUUAAAUAAUAGAAAUCCAAAAUUUUGUACUAUUUGUUUUCAUAAUAAUAAUAUAGAAUAUCUUGAAAAAUGUAAAGGUUGCUCUUUAUAUUUUCAUGUACAUUGUUAUAAAAUCUUUUGUGAUAAUUUUAAUUUAAAUAAAUUUCUAUGUGAUGUUUGUAUAGAAACAAAUUAUUAUAUUAAUAAAAAUCGAAAUAAUUAUCUAGCCAUUUUAGGAGAUCAAAAAAAAUAUAACUUCUCAUAUUCUACAAUCUAUGAAUCGGAUAAUACUGAACUUGAAGAUGCACACAAUGAAUAUGACGAUGUAUAUAUGGCAAACUUUUUUGAAAAGAUAAAUAAUUUAAAAUUUAAAAACAAUAAAGAUAAACAAGUACAAAUAAAUAAAUACAAAGAAUUAUAUACUAAACAUUUAAGUGAUAAUGAAUUAUGGGAUUCAAAUAAAUAUAUGAAAAAAAUGAAAGAAACUCAUUUUUUUAAAAAAUUAAGUAAGAAAAAAGGUGAAUCCCCUUCAAUUGGUAGCAAAUCAAAUAAAAAUGAAAAUAACAAUGAAGAGAUCGAAAAUUUUGAUGAGCAUGGUAAUGACAGUUGUAAUGAUGCAUAUCAAUCUGAUGCUCAACAUGAUAGAAAUAUUUUUAACUUAUUUGGAAUUUAUUAUAAUUCCUUUUCUACUAAUCAUUCAUCAAUAAGCAGAAAUAAUAAAGAUGUGAUAAAACAUUUGAAAGAAAGUCAACAAAUUAUUUCUAACAUGUUUCCUGAAAAGGUUGUAAAACAAAAUAAAAAUAAUAAAAGUAAUUAUAUUCAUCAUAUUCAGUACAAAAUGAGACGGAAAAUGCGAAGAGAAGUUAAAGAGUUGAACAAGUGUAAAACUGAUAAUGCUACUGAAUUUAGUGCAGAAGAUAGUACUGAACAUAAUAACAACAAGAUAAACAUUUCAUGUGAUAUAUGCAAUAAAUCAAAUAAUAAUAAUAAUAAUGUAAUAAUGAAGAAAGGGGAAAAUAAUAAAUGGUUUCAUUUAUGUUGCUUAUAUUAUAAUAAUAUAACAAAAAAUAAUUCAAUUAUUGAAAUAUAUUUUGAAUAUUUUUUCUUUAAUUAUUAUAAUGAAGAUUAUUUUGUUAAUCUUUAUGGAAGUUUAAAAAGUGUAAAUGAAAUAAUAAUAAAAAAAAUAAAAGAACAAUUAUUAAGCAAAUAUAAUAUAUUGAUACAUAGCCAUUCAUUUAAUUUCUUAUUGAAUCCAUAUUAUUAUAAUUUAACUCUUAAGCAAAUUAAAAAUAUUAUUUAUUAUAAUUUCAUUUUAAAAAACAAUUUUAUAUAUCAAGCUGGUGUAAAUAAUAAUACAAUCCCUUACUUAAAAAUGAAGCAAGAACAAACAGUAUCAUCAUAUAGAUAUAAUACUGUUCUUCAUCUUAAAAAUUUAUCACCUCAAAAUGUUAGUAAUUUGACAAGUGAUAAUUUUAGACUUAUAACUACCGAUCAAAGUUGCACGGGAAGUGUCAAUGAGACAUGUAGUGAUAGUAAUGGGGAUGAAGAGAGUGAUGAUUAUGAGCAAAGUCAAACAAGCUACAUUAUUAAUAAUAAAAAUUUUGAAAUAAAAAACUUAGAAGGUGAAGAUAGUUAUGAUGAAAUAUACGAAGAAGAAUUAACAGAUAAAAAUGAAUUGAAAAAAGAUACAGAAUCUAUGUAUUGUAUUGAUACAAAUAAUUGUACAAUCAUAAAUGAUGGAACUUAUUUUUGUGAAGAUGUAUCAAAUAUUAUAAAUAAUUAUACAAAAAAUGAAAUUAAUGAUAAUAUAAUUAAACAAAGUGAAUAUAAUAACAUGUUUAAAGAUAUUGAAAAACUUAUAUAUAGAAGAGAUUUUUUAAAUUUAAAUAUAAUAAAAAUAAUUAAAGAAAAAAUAAUUGAAUCUAUAAAAAUUAAUAAUUCAAAAAUUUGUAUAUUUUGUAAAAAAAAUGAAGGAAUUAAAACAAAAUGUAUGUACCCAUCAUGUUCUGAAUAUUUUCAUAUAUAUUGUUAUUUUAAUAAUUUUUUUAAUUCUUAUAAAAAAAAAAAACAAUUAAAUUAUUUCAAACGAGAUCUCAAAGUCUUUACUACUAUAAUGAAGAGAUUCAACAAAUUGGAAACAAAAAAAGAGAAAAAAAAAAAAAUAGCAAGCCCAUUAAAUGAUAAUGAGGAAAAUGUUCAAAACAGUGAAGGUAAUUCCAUUUCUACAUCUACUAAUUGUGAAAGCAAACAGGAAAAUCAAGAUGUCCCACUUUGUGAGAAAAAAACAAAAAAACGACGCAGCGAGUCGAAUCAAACAAAUAAAGGUGAACCUGUAGAUGCAAAAAAUGAUUCUAAAAAAGCAGAAUCUGUUGAUUGUAAUAAUAAGAAUGCCAGAAAAGUUAGAAGAAAAGUAGAAGCAGUUCAAACAAAUGGCGAUGGGGAAAACGUAAGCAACGUAAACAGCAUAAACAAUGGUAUCUAUGACAAAACGAGUCAGGGUGCUGAAAAUAAUAAUGUAGAUGUAGCGAAGUUAAAAAAAAAAGUGAUUAGCAAAAAUGGAAUGAAUGAAUUUGUUGCCGAUGAUGUAAAACUUAAGAAAGAUGAAAAAUUACAUGCUUUAGAAAAUGGUGAUGAAAAUGUUUUAAAAAAACAAAAGGGAGCAAGCAUACCUAUAGCAUAUAAUAAUACAAAUGUUAAUAUGAUUAAGAGUACCGAAAUAGAUAAUAAUAUGAUUGAAAUAAAUAUGAAAAAAGUUGGCAACAUUAAUUUUCCAAAUAAUGCUGGUACAAUAAGAGGAAUUCCAUUAUUGGGUGAUAGAAAUUUUGACAAAAUUGAAAAUAUGUUUUCUUCAAAUAAUAAAAUAAUACAAAUAAAUGAAUCAAAUUUAAAUAAUGAUAAAAAUAUUGGAAGUAUAAAAAUAAAUCAACCACAAAUUUUAAAUGAUCCAGAAAAAAUAUAUUUAGGGAAAAAUAUUAUGAUGGUAUACUCUUCACAGAAUGUAAAAAAUCGAGAAAAACAAGAUUUAAAUUUAAAGGGUACUAAUUCAAAACAUGUAUGUCAUAAAAUAAAAAAUAAUAAUAAUAUAAUUAGAAAUAAUUUUUCUAUUAUUGAUUAUAAUAAAUAUAUAAAUAGAGAAAAAACAGAAAUAGGUGGGGUACCAGGAUUUAUACAAAAUUAUGAAAACCAAGGACAUGAUUUUAUAUAUCCUAGCAUAAUAAAUAAUAAUCCUAAUUUUGAAAAUGAGAAUAUUGAUAAUAUAUCAUGUUCAUCUUCUUUAUUACUUGAUUCUUCUUCAUCUAAUGAUUUUUUUUCAAAAACAGAAAUAUCUGAUGGUUCUUCAGUAAAUUCUUUAUCACAAUUAUUAUCAAAAUCUUAUUGUUCAAUUUCUUCAUCUAAUAAUUUAUCAACAAUACCAUCUGUAUCUUCCUUUUCGUCAUUUUCGAUUUGUUCCAAUUCAUCUUCAGCUUAUUCACCAUCUUUUUGUGAUACAUCAUCUGAAAUUGCAUCUAGCUAUGAUUGUAUUUCUAAUACCGAUUCAGAUCUUUUUUCAGAUUCUUCUCACUCAUUAGUAUUCCCCUUACCCCAUACUAAAUUACCAAGAUCUAUUGAUUCUGUGAGUAAUCAAAAUAAUGUUUCUGAUGAAGGGGGAAAGCAAGAGAUGUUAGAUGUAAAAGUAGGUGAUUCUACAGAAAAUAGAACCCAAUUAGAUGUGAAAAAAGAAAAUAAACAAAUUCACUCAAAUUUCGCUUCUGAUUCAGGAGAUUUAUCAUCUGAUUUUGAUGAACAAAACAAAUUAAAUAAAUCAAUGUAUCUACAUAAGUCAACAUUAAAACGGAAUCGUAAUAAUAAAUGGAGAAACACUAAAUUAGAAUAUCUCUCAUGUAGUGAGCAUGAUAACAAUCAUAAAUUUUAUUAUAAAUUUUAUAAAUAUAAGAAAAAAAUGCAUGAUAUUAGACAAAAGAAGAGAGCAAAAGAAAAGUUGGAAAAGAUGGAAAAACUAAAAAAAAUGAACAAAUUGAAAAAUAUGAAAAAAAUGAUAAACACAACAAUGGUUAUGAAAAAAGAAAAGAAAAUUAAAAUGAAUGAAAAUACAAAAAUAACAAUAAAAAAAAAAAAAAAAAUUACAAUCGAAGAAACAAAAAAAAAGAAUAAUAAUAAUCAAUAUAAAUAUAAUGAUAAAGUAUCAGAUAAAUCAAAGAAAAAUAAAAAAGAAAAAAAAAAUACAUUAGGAUUGUAUAUAAAAAAUGUAGAAAUAACAUACAAUAAUAAUAUUCAACUAAAAAAUAUAAAACUGAUCAUGUGUGAUAAUCACAAUAAUGAAGAAGAUAUUGAAACUGUUAUGAAUAUAAAAUUAAAUACAUUUAACAAUAAAACAGAUAAUAAUUUGAAGAAUAUAUUUUAUUAUUAUUAUACAGAAUUUAUUAAGUCUGUUUUUUUUUCAGAUCAAUUUUCUCAUCCUUUUGAUGAGGGUAAGAGGUUCAAAGAAUCUGACACAAAAGAGGCCCUAAACACAGAUAGUGAAAAAUCUGAAAAAGGUGAAAAAAUUGACAAAGUUGAAAAAGCUGAAAAAGCUGAAAAAAAUAAAAAGCAAAACAAAAGGCGGAUUGACACCAUUGAAGGGAAUGGCAAAAUUUCUAAAAAUGCAAAUGAUGUUGGAAAAGAAUCAUCAAAGGGAAAUAUGAAUAUUACAAAUUUAAAUGAAGAAAAUAUAUCUCAUAAAAAUAAAAAACAAAAAACAAAAUGUAAUAAUAGUGUACAUUCAGAUGGGAAAGAAAGUGAUAUAGAAAGUCAAAGUUUAUCAAAAGGAAAUGAAACAACUUAUCAUUUAUUGAACGACCAAAUAAAAGAUAUAAAUUCAUCAACAAGUGAAGAAGCUACAUUAACUAGUGAAAUAUUUGGAGGUAAUGGAUUAUUAUCAACUAGCUUAAAUAGUAAUAAUGUUUUAGAUAAAAAUGAUCAUACUAAUGAAAAUAAUUUAUGUUUAUUUGCUAAAUAUAUUAAUAAAAUAAUUGAAAAUGUUGAAGCACGAAUUAUAAUAAAAAAUAAUGUAUGUGAAGGUGUAUAUUGUUUAAGACAAGCAGAUGGAUUAAAUAUUUAUCAAAAAAUUAGUGACAAAAUGAAAAAAAAAUAUAAACUAAAAAAUAUAAAAAAAGAAAAAAAUAUUAAAAUAAAUAACAAAAUCGUAAAUAUGACUCCCAUGAGAAGUAUAAGCAUAGAUUCAAAUAAAGGAAAAAUAUUCAUAAACAAUAAUAAUAAUAAUAAAGCAUAUCCAAAUAAUAUCAACACAAAUAAUAAUAAUAAUCAUACUCCUACUGUUGAACUCAAAAAGAGAGUAGACAUAAAUAAAUAUUCUUAUUUAUUUUAUAGAUUGCCAUUUUUUAUUUUUGGUAAUAAAUAUAUUAGUGAUAUAGAAAAUUUUAAAACCAUUUAUAAUAUUAGUGAAUUAUUUCAAAAUAAUAAUGAAAUUGUAGAUUCAAAAAAUAUUUUAACUGUUGUUGAAUUACUUAAGUCCUAUUCAAAUCAUGCAUUUUUUAAAAAAAAUCCAAAUGCAUUGAGACGCGCUUUCACGGAACGAGAUGAAAAAGCGUGGAAAAAAAAUCCUAACAAGCUAGUCAACAAUUCAGAGGAAUCAACUUUCCCAAACAAAGAUGCUCCCAAAGUUGCCAAUGUUGAGCAGGUUGAAAAUUGUGAAAAUGUUGAAAAUGGUGAGCAUGUUGAAAAUGGUGAGCAUGUUGAAAAUGUUGAGCAUGUCGAAAAUGCUGAGAAUGUUGAAAAUGGCGAGAAUGUUGAAAAUAGCAAUGUCCAUGAGUCCAAUGUAGUGACAGAUGCCGUGACAGAUGUUGUGGCAGAUGCUGAAAAUGGUGAGCAUGCUGAAAAUGUAGAGAAAAUUAAAGAGAGCGAGCGUGGAGAAGAAAAGAAUGCAACAACAUUAUGCUUGUCUAAAGGAAAUCCAAAUAAAAAACAAAAGAAAAAAGAAAAAAAGAAAAAUCGUAAUAACAAUAUAGAAGACGAAAAUAUAAAUAAAGAAUCCAAUCAUAAUGAAAAUCAAAAUUAUGAGCAAAAUAAAGAAACUCAAUAUUGUGCUAACAAAAGUUUUAAUAUAAUUUUUUGUUUAUUUGAUAAUGGUAGUAAUAUAUAUUUAUUAAUAUAUGAAUCUGAUAGUGAUAAUAGAAAAAAACAUGUAAAAAAAAAAAAAAAUGAAUUUAAUAAUAUCGAUUAUUAUUUUAAAGAGAUGUAUGAAACACUUCAUGGAAGUACAUAUAAAGAAGAUGCAUAUAAAAUUUUAAAAGCCAUAUUUUCUGCAAGCAAUAACAUGAAAAAUGUUUUAUGUAAUACUAGUACAGGAAAUAAAUCUGAUAAUAAAACUGGAGUGCCUAUUAAAUCAAAUAGUACUACUAAAUUAAGUAUAAAUAAAAUUAAUUCAACAAAUAUGGCAAUUAACAAUACACAAUCGUUAGCAAAUAAAAUAGUCCCAGUAAAAAAUAGUUUAAAUAGUUCUAAAAAUAAGAACAGUAAUAUGGGUGAUGAUGAAAUGAAUAGUCAUAGAAUAAAUGAAAUAAUGCUAAACAAAAGAUUGUUGCAAAAUAUUUUAUCAAAUUUUAAAUUCUUUAAUAUAACAAAAAAUAAAGGUUUAAAAUUAUCUAGUGUUUUUGAAUUAACUUAUUAUGAUUAUUUAUUUUUAAAAAAACAUAAAUUUUUUUAUUCAAAAAAAGGAGUAAAAAUAUAUGAUGCAUGUAAUAAUCCAUAUAAAUUAUUGUCUACUCAAAAAUAUUUAAAUAUAGAUUCAACUAAUAAUUCUAGUCUUGUUUUAAAACAGAAUGAAGAAUAUGAAGAUUUUAAAAGAAAUAAUAAUAUGUUAUCUUAUAAAUUUAAACAAAUUACAAACAGAUUUUAUUUAAAUCUCUGUGAUCCAAAUAAUAAUUCUUUCUACUUUCGAGGAAUACCACAAAGACCUGUCAACCCAUAUAAUUGUUUUGCAAACACAAAUAAUGCUUUAAGCCAUUUUAAUCUAAAAAAUUUAGAUUCCUAUACAAAAAAUUCUAAAGAUAUGUUAAUACCAAACAUGAGUUAUAUUAAAUUAGUACAAGGGAAUUAUAAUAAUUUAUUUGAACUUUUUGGAAAUAAAACUUUUGAACAUUUUUUUAUAGGAAAAAAAAUAGAUCAUACAAAAAAAAAAUAUAUAAAUGGCAAUUCAAAAGAUAAGAAAAUUAUGAAAAAACAUAUAUCAAAACAAAGAGGUAAAAAUAAAAAUAAAAAAAGUGUUACUACAAAUGUAGGUGAAAAAAUAAAUACUACUAUAAAUACAGAAGAUGUUGAUAAAAAUUCAAAUAAAUUAGAUACGCCAAUUAAUAGAACUGAUGAAAUAUGCACAAACAAGACUGUAGAAUGUACUAUUAAAGAAAAACAAAUAAAAAGUAUAAUUAAUGAAAAUACAAGGAACCUAUUAGAUGAUGUAAAUUUAAAUGAACGUAUUGAAGCGGCUAUUCAAAGAUACACCAAUUUACCACAUGAAAUGAGUACUAAUAACAAUAUUAUGAGCAUAGAUAGAAACAAAAAUAAACAAUGUAUUAAUAAUGAUUCUGUUUCUUGUAUUAAUUCAUUCAGUACUUAUGAUAUUUAUAAAAUAUUUUUAUUUGACAACUGUCAAAAUAAUAAAGUAGAAGAAGUUAAAGAUGAUAAUGAAAAUUUAGAAAAUGCUGAGGUGUCUCUCAUAAAUAAUCCUGAAAAAGAAGUAAGUAGUAGUCCCAUUGAUCAGGUUGAAAAUAAUGGUGAAAAUAAGGACGAACAAAAUGACCAAAUUGAAAAGGUAGAAAAGAAAAGUAUAGCCGAUUACCUACUAAACAAAUAUUCAUUAAACUGUUUUAGAAAUUAUAUCAUAAAUAAGAAACAAAAUGAAUUUUUUUAUAAAAAUGUAAAAAGUUAUAUAAAUUCGGUGGAAAAAGAACAACUAUUUUCAGAUAUAAAUAAUAUAUUAUCUUUUUGUAAUAAUGAAAAAAAAUAUAUGAACACCAAUAAACUUAGUGAUAUUUAUUCUAAAUCGAAAAAUAUGCACAGUUUUGAUGUCAAUGAUCAAUAUAAUCUCACUAGUUAUUAUGAUAAUGGUCAAGAAAAAUAUGGCAAUAGUAUUUAUCAAAAUUUUAAUACAACAUUUUCACCUAAUAGCAAAUUUAAAUUCUAUAACGAUGAAUCAAAAGAUAGUUCCCCAUCUAAAAGUGGAAAAAAAAAUAAUAAACAUCUUUUAAAUGAUAUUAAAAAAAGUCCAAGCAAAGAAAAAGAUAUAAAUAUUUCACCCAAAAAAAUAAUUGAAGAGUAUAAAAAUCCAGAAAAUUUCAAUUAUGCAAUUGAUAAUAAUAUGAAAAAUUUGAAAAAAUUAUAUCAUAGCAUAAAUAAAGAUGUUGUAAAAAAUAAAUUAUUAUUAGUCAAUAAAAUUGUAGAAGAAAAUCAUGAAUAUACUAUAUCAGAUAUGCCUAUGUAUGUUAAUCUUAUUUUUUAUAAAUAUCUAUGUGUAAAUAAUUGGAAUCACUUGAUACAUAGUUUGAAGGAAAGUUUUAUAAGACAAGAAAUAUUUUUUUUAAGUCAACCAGAUGCUAAAACUUUCAAAAAGGAUCAACCAAAUAAUACUAACACUUCUCAAGAAAGUAAUAAAAAUGAUGAAAUAAAAAAAACAUCCACUAAAUCUGUUUCAGAUUCACAGCAAAUAGAACAGCAAUGUGCACAAGAAGGGGAUUCUAAAAAUGGGUCGACUCCAACUAAAUCAGACUCUAAAGAAAAGGAAAUAAUAGUUGAUUCUGUACAAAAAGAAGAAAAAGUAAGUGAUCAUAAUAAAAGUGAGGAAAAAGGAAAAGAUUCUAAAUCAGGAAAAGAUAGCAAAACAGGAAAAGAUAAUAAAACAGGAAAAGAUAAUAAUAAAACUGGGAAAGAUAAUAAAAAUGGAAAAGAUAAUAAAAAUGGAGAAGUAAGUGAUAAAAAAAGUGAUGCAUUAUGUAGUGUGUGUUUUUAUAAAGAAGAUAGUAAUAUAAAUAUUAUGUACAAAUGUGCAAAUUGUUCUGUACAUGUUCAUAAAUAUUGUUAUGGUAUUUAUCAUAAAGGAAAAGUUGAAGAUUUUUUAUGCGAUAAAUGUAAAUUUAGUAAAUAUUUAAUAAAAAUGUAUCAAAGUGAGUUCAAUUCAAAUCAAUCAAAUAAUUUAAAAAAUAAAAAAAAAAAACAAAAUUCAAGUGCCAAUUCAAAAUAUGGGUUAAGCAAUAGUAGUAUCGAUAAUACAUGUUAUGGUACUAAUAUAUUAAGUGUUCAUGAAUUUAAUUACUUUAACAAUAAGAUAAAUAAUUUAUUUAGCAAUGCAAAUAAUAAUAAUUCGGAAAUUAAAAAUAAAAACUCAUCAAAUGGAAAUAAUAAUAUGAUACUCUUUGAAAAAGUAAUAAAAAGUGUUGAAGAUAGUUGUUGUUAUAUUUGCAAAAAAAAUGGUGGAGCUUUAAAAAAAACAACAAACAAACAUUUUGUUCAUGUUUUUUGUGUUUUAUUUUUUAUAUUAAAAGUAUUUUGUUUAAAUGUUUAUAAUCUAAGUUUUUGGGAUAUAAAUAAUUUGAAAGCAUAUGAAAAAGUAUGUUUUAUAUGUAACAAAAAGGGGGCUGUUGUAAAAUGUGCAUGGAAAGGUGAAAAUAAAAAUAAGGAAGCAAAAAAUAGUGAGGAGUCAAAAAAUGAAAGUACUACCUUAUCUACUAAUUCCGAUUUAAAUGAUACUAAAAAAGAGAACAUAUCUGAGCAACCUAAAAAUAAUGAAAAUUGUUGUGAUAAAUAUUUUCAUCCAUUAUGUGCAUAUUUAGAGGGAUACCAUAUGAAUGUUGAAAUAUAUGAAGACAAAUUUGUAAAUAUAUAUUUUUAUGACAAUUGUUUUUCUUUAUUUAGUUUUAUAACACAUUGCAAUAAUCAUAUACCCAAAGAUUCAUAUCAGAAUAGAGAAUUUGUUAAAGAAAAAAGAACAUCAUUAUAUAUUAAGAAUAUUACAAGCGAAGGUAGUUCAAAUAAUAAAAUAAGUGAAAAACUUCAAAAAAUUAAAAUAAAAAAUGAAACACCAACUAAAAAUAAUACUAAACCUUCUACUCCUAUACGAAAUCAAUCGCAAACAAAUAUUUCCACCUCUUCACCAAAUAAAGAUGGAACAACUACAAGUACAAUAAAGAAAGAAGAUAAAUAA